AUGCAGAUGUAUUAUCUCACUGCUGGGGAUGAAGAGCAAGAGAAGGAGGAUAUUAUAGACAUGAACAAUACCUGGGAGAGUCUGCGGCAAGAAGAGCAGGCGGAGACAGAAAAGAUAGAGCACAAACAGUCCCUCGUGGGUAAACUGAACAAAGAAAUCUGUAGUCAGCAGGAGAAGGUCGACAGAGCCACAAAGCAGUGCUCUAAGCUGACCAAAGAGAUCCGCUCAGCAAAAAACACCAGCACUGAGACUUUUGAGGAGAAGGAUAUUAAGCUGAGGGAGUUGAAAGAAUUUAAUAAGAGUAUCAACAAGAAGCUGUACGACACCAUGGAAGACAAACCUGACCUCAGAUCAGUGGUGGAGGAAUACUUCCUGCAGGCCAAUCUGUCUCUUCCAUCUCCGUCUUCUACUCCUUCCAGCCAGCGGAGCUCCAAGACGAGCUCCCCCCACAGCUCGGCCUCUCUCAGGUCUCCUGCGUCCUCAGCCGGCAGCAGCCCCCGGGCCUCUGCUCUGCACCCCCCUCUGAUGAAGACUGUGGAGCUGGGCCUGGAUCUGACCUCCCCCCCUCUCACCAUCUCCAGAGGAUCCAGCUCUGCGAGCAGCAGCAGCAGCAGCAGCAGCAGGAAGUUAAGAAAGCCGCAGUGAUGCAGAUGUAUUAUCUCACUGCUGGGGAUGAAGAGCAAGAGAAGGAGGAUAUUAUAGUUAGAGUUUGUUAUGGUUGCACAGAGUGGCGUUUAAUCACAUGAUGAGAUGCAGUGUUCAGUUCGCAAAUGUGCUAUCAUUUGUAUGCAACAAAAAGUAUUUUAUUGGUGAUUUUAGUAUAUAUUGUUCUUAGGACUUUGUAGUUAUUAUAUUUAUUAAUGUGAAUCUUAAGAUACUGGAUGUUCCCACAGUGUGACUUAAAUAAAGACAAACUAUACAAAC